GGGGACGGGGGGGGGGGGAGCACUGCCACAAAGGGGAUCGGUACCCCCCGGGAGGGGACAGGGGACCGCAGGGCCACCCUCUGCAGGGACAGGGGGGACGCCCAGGUGGGGGACGGGGGCUGCAAAGCCACCCCCUGGGUAAGUGGUGAGGGGACAGCGGGGCCGCGAGGGGACAGAGGUCUGGCCCCCGCCCUGUCCUGUCUGCCUUGGGUGUCUUCACAGGGCCCGCGGGGGUCCCCGGGGCUGGGGGGCAGCCACGGGAGGGCCACGUCGCGCCCCAGGUUGGGAGGGGAUGCCCCAUAAGUGGCCCCAGCCCCAUGGAUCCCACCCGGGCUCUGGCACCCCAGAUUCUGGGGCAACUCUUGCAGGCCCCCGUCCCAACGCAGCCACCCCAAAACACCUCGGCAGAGGGAAGACGAGACCCCCCCCAAAAAAAGUGGGGUGCAAGCCCCAAUAAUGCUGCCCCCCCCCCAGCUUCAGCCACCCCGGCCGGUGGGGCGGCAGCGGGGCCGCCGGGAGCUCGGCCGUCCCAGCACAAAGAGGAAUGCACCGAGCACAUGGUUCGCAUUAGCCCUGGAGAUUUUUUUUCUUCCUUUCUUUAUGAUUAUUACUUUUUUUCCCCCCUUAUUUUCUGCCGCCCGGCCAGGGAGCACGGCAGCGGCGGCUGCCCGGGGCGAGGAUUUGAGCGCCGGGCGAGGGCUGGCAGCGCCGGGGCCCGUUUGGGUUUCGCCGGCGGGGAGGGAGGGAGCACGCGAAGCCACUCUGGGUUUUCCUUUUCCUCCUUUUCAUUUGAGUCAGAGGCUGAAGUCACCGGCGUGCUGGUCCCCGCGCUGCUGCCCCGCCGCAGAGGAUGCGGGGAUGCCCGUGAAGGGGGCCUGGGGGAGCGGAGCCGCCCCGUGCCGGGGUGCCGCAUGAGACCGGGCAACUCGUCGCACGGCCCCGGCCCACCUGCCACGGCCACGAUGCUCCCCGGGAAAGCAGAGAAGAGGAUGGCGUCGUCCGUGUUCAUCACCCUGGUGCCCCCGCGGAGGGAGGCGGCCACCAAGGAACGGCCCCAAACGGGGGUGUCGCCCCCCGUCCCCGAGGGCACCCAUCGCCCCCGGGCAUCCCCGCCACAGCCCCUGGCUUUGCCCAACGGAGAAAGCUGCCCUCGGUCCCCACCAGCGCCCGUGCCUUCGUCCUCACCGGUCCUCAUCCUCUCCGAAGUGCCCCAGCCCUUGUCCGCGGAGGCGCUGGGUCCGGCGCUGCAGCAGCUGGACCUCGCAGCGCCUGCCACCCUGCAGGCUCCUUCUGCCUUCCCUGCUGAGCUGAGGCCGCCCAAAUUUCACCAGGAGCAAGCAGACAAGGCGCCGUGGCGGGAUGCCAACGGGCACCCGGAGAGGGACGGCUCCAGAGACAUCUGCGCCUUCUGCCACAAAGCCGUGGGCCCGCGGGAGCCGACGGUGGAGGCGAUGCGGAAGCAGUACCACGCCGACUGCUUCACCUGCCGCACCUGCCACCAGCGCCUGGCCGGGCAGCGCUACUACCAGCGGGACGGGCGCCCCACGUGCGACGCCUGCUACCAGGCCACGCUGGAGAAAUGCGCCAAGUGCCAGGGGCUGAUCGCGGAGCGCAUCGUGCGUGCCAUGGGCAAGGGCUUCCACCCCAGCUGCUUCGCCUGCACCGCCUGCGGCCGGGCCAUCGGCGCCGAGAGCUUUGCCGUGGAUGAGCGGGACGAGGUGUACUGCGUGGCUGACUUCUACAGGAAAUACGCCCCGGUGUGCGGGGCCUGCAAGCUCCCCAUCAUCCCCAGUGAGGACCAGGACACCUACAAGAUCGAGUGCCUGGGACGCAGCUUCCACGAGAGCUGCUACCGCUGCGAGAGCUGCGGGACGCCCCUGUCGCCGGAGCCGACGGAGGAUGGGUGCUACCCCCUGGGCCAGCGCCUCUUCUGCAAGUCCUGCCACGUCCGCCGGCGGAACGAGUCGUCCUGCUAAAAGCCCCCGCUGCUCCCACGACGUACCCGCAGGCAGCGGCGGGAGCAGCGUUUUCAGCAGCACAACGGGCCGGGCCCCUUCCCUCAGCCCUCUUCCCAACCUCAUUGUGAACAGAAAAAGCCCUGGAAGAGCAGCGGUGGUGGGUGAGCUGAGGUUUCCUUUGCCUUUUUUUUUUAAAUAAAUAAAUUAAAAAACCCUCUUCUGAGGCCG